UGAGGGCGGCCGCGGCUACCGGAGGCGGGGAACGAGGCGGCGGCGGCGGAGGCAGCCGAGCGGGGCUCGGGAUGGUGCCCGGGGCCGAGGGUCCGGCCCGCGCCGGAGGCCUUGUGGCCGACGUGGUCUUCGUCAUCGAGGGCACGGCCAACCUGGGACCCUACUUCGAGGGGCUGCGGAAGCACUACUUGCUGCCGGCCAUCGAGUACUUCAAUGGGGGCCCCCCGGCAGAGACCGAUUUUGGAGGAGACUACGGGGGCACCCAGUACAGCCUGGUGGUUUUUAACACCGUGGAUUGCGCCCCCGAGUCCUACGUCCAGUGCCACGCGCCCACCAGCAGCGCCUACGAGUUUGUCACGUGGCUGGACGGCAUCCAAUUCAUGGGAGGGGGCGGCGAGAGCUGCAGCCUCAUCGCGGAGGGGCUGAGCACGGCCCUGCAGCUCUUCGAUGACUUCAAGAAGAUGCGGGAGCAGAUCGGCCAGACCCACCGGGUCUGCCUCCUCAUCUGCAACUCGCCCCCGUACCUGCUGCCGGCCGUGGAGAGCACCACCUACUCGGGCUACACCACCGAGAGCCUCGUGCAGAAGAUCGGGGAGCGCGGCAUCCACUUCUCCAUCGUGUCCCCCCGGAAGCUGCCGGCCCUGCGGCUCCUGUUUGAGAAGGCCGCGCCCCCCGCGAUGCUGGAGACGCAGCCGGCCGACGUGAGCCAGGACCCGCGGCACAUGGUGCUGGUGCGAGGCCUCGUGCUGCCCGUCGGCGGAGGCUCUGGCCCAGGCCCGCUGCAGCCCAAGCAGCCCACCCCGCUGCCUCCGGCGCCACCCCCCGGGGCCUCCCUCUCUGCAGCCCCCCCCCAGCCACUGCCUCCCGUGUCCCAGCCUUACCAGGUGCCCAGCAACCUCAGCGCUGCCCAGGUGGCUGCUCAAAACGCCGUGGAGGCCGCCAAGAACCAGAAGGCCGGGCUGGGCCCCCGCUUCUCCCCCAUCAACCCUCUGCAGGCGGCAGCGCCCGGAGUGGGGCCCCCCUUCAGCCAGGCCCCGGCCGCCGCGCUCCCUCCCGGGCCCCCUGGGGCUCCCAAGCUGCCUCCGGCCUCGCAGUCCAGCCUGGGGGCAGCGGUUGCCCCUGGGCCCGGGUUGGCCCCUCCUGCCCAGCCGGGAGGGCCCUCCAUGGCCGGCGGCGUGGCUGCCCCGGGGGUGAGCGGCCCCAACCCCGCGCAGCUGGGGGGGCCGCCCCUGGGGGCGGGGCAGCAGUCGGUCACCAACAAGGUGCUGGCCUGGAGCGGCGUGCUCGAGUGGCAGGAGAAGCCCAAACCGGCCUCGGUGGACGCCAACACGAAGCUGACUCGGUCCCUGCCGUGCCAGGUCUACGUUAACCAGGGAGAGAACCUGAAGACCGAGCAGUGGCCGCAGAAGCUGAUCAUGCAGCUGAUCCCGCAGCAGCUGCUGACCACACUGGGCCCCCUCUUCCGGAACUCGAGGAUGGUGCAGUUCCAUUUCACCAACAAGGACCUGGAGUCUCUCAAAGGCCUUUACCGGAUCAUGGGCAACGGCUUUGCCGGCUGCGUGCACUUCCACCACACGGCGCCCUGCGAGGUGCGCGUCCUCAUGCUCCUGUACUCGUCCAAGAAGAAGAUCUUCAUGGGGCUGAUCCCCAACGACCAGAGCGGCUUCGUCAACGGCAUCCGCCAGGUCAUCACCAACCACAAGCAGGUGCAGCAGCAGAAGCUGGAGCAGUUGCAGCAGCAGCAGCCGCCGCCGCAGCCGCGGGGGAUGGGGGGACCCCAAGCCCCCCCUGGACUGGGCCCCCUUCUGGAGGAGCAGCAGCGGCCCCCCCAAAGCCUGCUCCAGCUCCGCCAGCCGCAGCCGCAACCCCCCGGCGGGGUAGGAGUCGGGGUGACCGGGACAGGUGGACAGCCUCAGCCGCCCCCAGGCCCUGCCCAGCCCCCCCCAGGGGGGCCCCCGCCCGGAGCACCCCCUCCCGGGGCCCCCCCUCCCGGGUCUCUCCUGCGGCCCCAGAACCCUGGUGCCAACCCCCAGCUGCGGAGCCUCCUGCUGAACCCGCCGCCCCCGCCACCAGCCGGGGGGCCGCCGCAGGCCUCCCUCCACCACCUGCAGCCUCCAGGAGCUCCGACCCUGCUGCCGCCCCCACACCAGGGCUUGGGCCAGCCCCCCUUGGGCCCUCCCUUGUUGCACGCCCCCCCUGCUCAGCCUUGGCCCGGACAGCUGCCCCCACGGGCCCCUCUGCCAGGUCAGAUGCUCCUGAGCGGAGGCCCCAGGGGUCCGGUGCCUCAGCCCGGGCUGCAGCCCCCCAGCGUCAUGGAGGAGGACAUCCUGAUGGAUCUCAUCUGACGUUGCCCCCCGCCCCAAUAAAGCUUCCUUCCCCCGGCCUCGGGCCGGGCGCACUCGGA